UGACAAAUGACAAAUCACACAGUCCACAGCACAACGGCUACAUUUCAUGGCGAGUCGCCUGCGCUGUGUACCACUAGCACGUUACAUUUCCUCUUCGUCUUCUUCUAAAGUUCCCCUUCUCUGGAAGCCCGAAACCGAGCCAUCCGAUGGGACGACUACCACAAUCCAACUCCUCUCAUGGGGUCGUGGUGCCUCUGGUCAACUAGGUGGCGGCAUUGAAGAGAUUCGCCUCUAUCCGACCACUGUCGCCUCUCUCCUCCUCCCCUCCAAUUUCCAGCUCUCCCCUAUUCCUGGUCGUCUCGAUGCCACUUCUGCCGCCAGCAACGGUGGCGCUGACUCAUCACUGCCAUCGCGAUCAUUGGAGGUAGGCAUCUCAUGCGGCCUCUUCCACUCUUCCUUACUUGUCGAUGGUAAAUUCUGGAUUUGGGGCAAAGGCGAUGGUGGCCGCCUCGGCUUCGGCCAUGAAAACCCUGCUUUUGUUCCGACUUUGAAUCCCAACCUCGACGGCGUCCGAAGCCUCGCUCUUGGUGGGGUUCACUCCGUUGCCCUCACAUCUCUUGGUGAAGUCUUCACUUGGGGUUACGGUGGUUUUGGAGCUCUAGGGCAUUCUGUAUAUACCAGAGAGAGGUUGCCUAGAUUGGUGAAAGGUUCUUGGGAUGAGAAGUUAUGCCACAUUGCAACUAGUGGAGCUCAUACUACUGCUAUCACUGAUUCAGGUGAACUUUAUGUUUGGGGUCGUGAUGAAGGUGAUGGUAGAUUGGGCCUGGGUGCUGGCCGUGGCCCGAAUGAAGGUGGUGCGUUUAGCAUCCCUUCCAAAGUAAAAGCAUUACCUGUGCCUGUAGCUGCUGUAACUUGUGGGGGUUUUUUCACAAUGGCACUAACUAAAGACGGGCAACUUUGGAAUUGGGGAGCAAACUCUAACCAUGAGCUUGGAAGAGGUGAUAAGGUUGGUGGUUGGAAGCCACAGCCGAUUCCUAGCCUGCAAGAUGUUCGUAUCAUUCAGAUGGCAAGUGGUGGAUAUCACUCUCUGGCAUUAACUGAUGACGGUAAAGUGCUUUCUUGGGGCCACGGUGGACAAGGUCAGUUGGGUCAUUCUUCAAUUGAAAACCAAAAGGUUCCAGUAGUGAUUGAGUCUUUAGUUGAGGAGCACAUCACAUACAUUGCAUGUGGAGGUUCCUCAUCAGCUGCUAUCACUGAUAAAGGAAAGCUAUACAUGUGGGGAAAUGCAAGGGAUUGUCAACUUGGGGUUCCUGGGCUGCCAGAGGUACAACCUUCGCCUGUUGAAGUGAAGUUUUUGAUGGAGGAUGAUGGAUUGGGGCCCCACCAUGUACUCUCAGUUGGAGUUGGUGCAUCUCAUGCCAUGUGCUUGGUUUUGAGGUCUGGAUGUCAGAGUUGACUGUAAUGGAAUCAAGAAUUUCAAGUUCUCUCUUACGAUGGUAGGGAAGAUUCAGCAAUGGAGGUGUUCAACAAGAACAGUUUUGACAUUUAUAUAAGCUGAUCCAGUGAUUUCUGCUGCAGUAAAGAGCAUACACCGGUGAGGAAGUUACAAGAACAAUUUAUAGAUGAAAAAGAUGGUUUCAUCAAUGUGGUUUCUACACUACCCAGUCAAUGUUAUACGAUUUGAUCAUGGCGUCAAUAGGUUAUAUAAAUUUUGGGUCCAAUACCUGCAUAAUUUUGUGAGCUUCAGGUCCAUGUCUGUAUGAUUA